AUGGAGCUUGAUGAGGUAGUUGAGCUUCAUCGUGAUGACACAGAAAAAAUAAAGGAUCAGCGUUCGGUGGCUGCAGUUAUCACACAGGCCUUUUCUUACAUGGUUAAGGCUGGUGUUGAAUACGGGUAUGUGAGCACUGGUGAAGCAUUUAUUUUCCUUCACUUCAAAGCCGAUGAACCAGGGACUGUUUAUUACUAUCUUUCAGUUCCUGAGAUGGAUGUGGGCAAGGAAACUGGAUUUACAGGGGAGUUUGAAGGUGAUGACAACAAACUACAUAUGACAGCAGUUGGGCAGGUUCUUGCUUUUACACUCCGAGCAAUACAGACUACCCCACAUGACCAAAAAUGGAAAGAAUGGGCCUCAAACCAGUUGAAUGUGUGGGUGGUUACGGAAGAAGAUUUAUAUCCGUCAACCCAGGAGGAAGAUGAGAGGUCACUCACAUCUUACACGCUACGGAAAAGUGCCCAGAUCUUUGUCAGGAAUAGCCCUGUCCGCACCCGAUCACUGGCCGCACGGUCGACCUGCAGACCACCAUCUUCAUUGCAGAACAGUAGUGGGGAUGAUGACAACGAUCAUGAAUCUGACCCUGAUUCGCUUAGUCAAAGACCUCACCAGCCUGCCGAUUUCAUGGUUGUUGUACCUCCCCCACCUACCUGGGCAUCAUCCCACAAGGGCCCCGUCUGUAAGGAUGGAACUCGGCAAUAUUGCACACAGAAGUGCCUGCUUGGUCUCUUGAAUGGUGGGCCGCUGGAUAGAGCCUGUCCAAAUGUCAAAGAACAUGGGGCAAAUGUUCAUAAGAUUGACCACCCCACUUUCCUCUCUCUCCUCAUGGCACAGAUACUACAAGAAAUAGUAGAUCCGUGGACCGAUCCUCUAGGUUGUGAAUCACUGCAUAGACAUGGUUCUCGCGGUGCACUGUUUGAAGUUAUCCUUUUUCAAUAUGGCUACACCCUUAUAGGAAAAGGCUUCCCACCGGAGUUUGGCCACUACCUCAGGCAUGAAAAAGCACUCUACGACCAGUUGAAGCCAAUACAGGGCUUGCAUGUCCCUGUAUGUCUUGGCACAAUUGAUGUGUCUAAGCGGCCCAUGUUCUACGACGGAAUUGCAGACAUUCCACACUUCUUACUUCUCGCCCACGCAGGCACUAAUGUCUCAGAAUGUGAUGUUUCAGAAGAUCAAAUGGUGUCUGCAGCAUCAAAGUCGCUGCAGGCCAUUCAUGCGCUGGGUGUACUCCACCAUGAUGCAGAGACCUGA